UGGGCGGGAGCGUACCCACGGGCACGUGUCGUUUUUAAAGAUGCUUCAGACGUUCUUGGGACCGGUGCAGACGCGUUUCUCUUUGCGGGCGCGGUAUAACGUUUGCCAAACCCGUUCAGGCAUUUUUUUUUUGCACCAGUUAAACCCUCUUGAAUAAUAGCGAGUUUGGGCAAUUAAAACCUUUGCACGGAACUUUUACUUUUCCCGCGCUGCUUUGGGCACGCUCAGGCGUCAGCGAACUCUGGAGGCCGUCGACGACCCUUUUGAGCAGCACUUUCUAAGGGGACUCCAGAAAUCCCAGACUGCUGCAAGCUGAUGCGUCCUGCUUGCCAUGGAGGGGGGGUGCCCAAGGACCAUGCCGCGGUGCCCAUCCUCGCCUGGGUUUCCCCAAAAGGAGAGAGAACCGGGCCCUGCAGCAGCCGGGAGUCUCUUGGAGGAGUUACGGCAGGAGGCGACCUGCCCCAUCUGCCUGGACUUUUUAAAAGAGCCCGUGAUCGUGGGCUGCGGGCACGGCUUCUGCCAGGCCUGCAUAACCCAGUGGUGGGAGGAGAUGGACGCCCCUUCUUGCCCUCAGUGCCGAAAGGUGUUCCAGCAAGAGACCUUCGUGCCAACCCGGCAGCUGGCCAACGUCGUGAUGUUCGUCAAGAAAGCUCAAGGGGGGAAAGGAGCCAAGGGGAAAAAGUGGGGUAGGUGCGAAAGGCACCAGAAGCCCCUGAAGCUCUUCUGCCACGAGGACCAAGUCGCCAUCUGUUUGGAGUGCGGCACGUCCCUGGGCCACCGAAACCACCAUUUCCUUCUCAUGGAGGUGGUUUUCCUGGAGUACCGGGAAAAGAUCCAUGCCCAGCUUCAGGGUCUGGAACGUGAGAAAGAAGAGCUGAAGAAAGAGAAAAAGGCGGAGGACCAGAGGAGCCGGAUCUUUUGGGCCCAGUUGGAGUUAGAGAAGCAGCAGACCAGGUCGGCCUUUCAGCAGAUGCGGCUUUACCUCGAAGAACAAGAGCGGCUCAGGUUGUGCCAACUGGAGAAGAUGGAGGGAGAGAUGGAGAAGAGAGACAGAGAAAGCCGGGCCAGGUUCUCAGAGGAAAUCUCCGAUCUCAAUCGCCUCGUCGCAGAGCUAGAGGGCAAGGGUCAGCAGCCGGAAACCGUAUUUGGGCAGGAUCCCAGAACUAUAUUGAACAGAUGUGAGAAGAAGCCCGGAAAGCAAUUGGUCAAACUUCCUCCCAUACUGGAACAGAACCUCAGGAAUUACUCGAGACAGACGCCUGAUUUACAGAAGGCCCUCAAGGAAUGUGAGGAGUCCCUGGACAAAGCGCUGGCCAAACUACUGACUAACGUGAACGUGACUUUGGAUCCGGAAACGGCACAUCCCAAACUCAGGGUGUUUUCGGAUCUGAAGACAGUGAUGCGAUUGCAGAUAGCAGAGAACCGUCCCUUAAACCUUGAGAGAUUUGAUACUCUAGAAAGUGUGCUAGGCCAUGAAAAAUUUACCUCAGGAAGACACUUGUGGGAGGUGGAUCUGAGGAACGGACUGUCGUGGGCUGUGGGGGUGGCCAGAGAGUCUGUCAAGAGAAAGGGAAAUAUCACACUUAAUCCUGAGGAGGGAUUCUGGGUUUUGCAGGCCACAGACGACCUUGAUAGUCGUUAUAAUUUAUGCUGUCAGAUCUACGCUUUGACUUCCUCUCAGUCGGUUCUUGUAUCUGACAGCUGUCUCCAAAAGAUCCGGAUACUCCUGGACUAUGAAAAGGGCCUUGUGGAGUUUUUUUCUGGCGCUGCAAAUGAAAAGCUCUUUGCCUUCCCUCCAACCUCAUUCUCUGGGGAGGUUCUCCGUCCCUAUUUCUUCAUUGGGGAAGGAACCAGGCUGGAGUGCUGCUGAAUCCAGAGAAGAGCAGUCACCAGGAUGGGCUCCAUAACCCUUGAAAAUGGUUUCCUUUUGCCCGAUAACAAUGAUAUGCAUGGAAUUAAAGUAUCGUAUGGAUC